UGCUACUGUCCAGCGUCCAGAACCAGAAAAGAUAGUACUGAAAUGCUCUUUCCAUUGUCGAAGGUUGUAAGAGGACCUAGAAGAGUGUGCCGCAUUCAAGUCAUGGUGGAUGGUUAUGAUAAGGCUUGAGCUCAUGAUGACCCCAAGGCUGAUCUUUACUCAGGCGGUGAAACUGCGAUUCGUUCUUCUGCCGGUAUUUCCAUUUGGACAUUCGACAUUCACCACUGCUACACGCAUACGCGCCUGCCUCCUCGUACCACUACUUGUCUCAUGUUCCUAGUCUGUUCUUUGAUGCUGAUGCCUUAUGGACAAUUCAAUAGCUUUACGGCGCUCCGCUUUUGAAGUUCCGAUCAUCUGGCAUUGACCAGCACAUCCAUGCAGGAUCUCGAACAUGCCUCCGUAUCGAGUUCUGCAGGAAGAAUGGUCCGAGUACGAAGAAGAGACAGACGAAGACAUUCAUGAUGAACAAGCGCAUGUUGAGACAAAUCAGAAACCACACCAACUCCUGCGAACCUUUCCGAGUCCAAUCGUAAGUCUUGAAGAACACAAAGUCCACCAAGUUCACGACCUGAACACACUGCACAACCGACGAGAGGAGGACCCUUUGGACAUCCAGGCUACAGGACCUUCGACGAACACUUCGCAAGCUUUGGCACCUCCCAGACUCAAUGAAGGUUCACAAGUCGUGGUCAAGCAGGAAGAAUGGGUCGAGCUCACUGAGAGUAGUGGCGACGAAGCACAUAGAGAAAGACACCAGGAGGAUACAAUUGAAGUCUCUCAUACAGACACCAUAAUGGAAAAAGAGCCGACCUUGCCGCACGAUGAGGCAGCGGACUCGGAUGCUUCUGCACCCACUGCUAGGCCACACUUCCCUCCCAACUCCAAGGAUACAACCAGGUCUCCAAGCGACUUUGAGCUGCAGCAUUCAAUGGCCAAGGUCCCUAGUUACCGAGACCUUAUGGACACCAACGAAUUGUCCGAUGUCAAGGCUUUCACAAGUGCCCGCCGUGAGGAGCGUGCGCGACGACAUGAACAGGCCCACGCGGAAGAGGUAGCGCCGCCGGUCUACGCAGCCCUACGUGCCAAUGUCCCCGUAUUCGAGAUGAAAGUCAACGGGAUCCUAGUCAUGAGACGUCAAUCAGACUCGUGGAUGAACGCAACGUCGAUUUUAAAGGCCGCUGGAGUCGUGGAGGAGCAGCUGAGACGCAGAAUACUACGAACGAUCAAAGGCCCACAAGAGUCUGUCCAGGGAGGGCAUUGGUUCUAUCAAGGUACCUGGGUACCCUGUACGUUUGCGCACGAGUUGGCUUCACGUUAUGGUGUUGCACAUUCUCUUCUACCACUGUUUGAGAUCGCGCCAGGCGAGGAUGCAGAUCUCACCCGAGGAGCGAAGUCGUCCGCAAACGGCCAUUCCGCACCACGAAAGAGGGCUUCCUCUGCCGGCUCUCGCAAACCGUCCGUCAUACCGGUUGACGAAAAUAGGCACAGACACGGCGCACUGGCCAGUCGGGAGGACUGGUUAGAUUCUAGCGAUAGCGAAGACGAGCUGGCUCCGUUCGUGUCUGAUAGCAUGCACGACUCAGGAAGACCAAUGGUGACAUCUGAUGUGUCCCAUACCCGGGCAGGCUUUGUGGACAUGAACAGCAAGAGAAAGAGGCUCUCCGAACCACAUCAUCAUCAUCAUCAUCAUCAUCAUGCCGAUCAAGCUUCGCCCGAGCAGAAACGCGCAAGAACAGUAAGCCCGCCUUUAUUGCCCCUGGGAAUGUCUCACCUGGAACCAAGAGAACGAGGUAUACGAUAUGCACAAGGACGCCGUAAUGAGGAGAUCAAAGCCGUGAACAAGUUACGAUCUCUUGUUCCUCCACAGUAUUUUGAUCAUGACAGCGAGGCUGGUGGCCAAUACAAUCGGACAACAAGAACGCUCAAGCCUGUGAUAGCCUUCCUUAAGGAUCUGGCCAACUCAACCGACAGCAGCCGUGCCACCAGACGAUCAUUCAAGGCAAGUGACAAUGACUUUGAGGAUGUGCCUUCCAUUGGCGACUUCAGUCAGACAUCAUCGGAACUGCUUUCGAGCACGAUGAUUGAUGCCCUGCUACAGCCCGAGACGACUAUCGUAACCUCUCUUCAUCAGUAUGGCCACGGCAAAAAGAAUUCAUCUAUUGGUCAUGGUGUUGGCCAAAACAGGAAGACCGAGGACAAGUACUCAACGAGCUCUUCGGCGGCCUUUUCUCGUGGCAGGAGAGGACGCCUAAGCGAGUUGGCCAAAUGGUUCGACCGCCGCGAGCUGGCCGAUAACAACGAAGUCCAGAGAAGGGUGGAGAAGAUCAAGACCAGAGUGGCUUGGGAGCAACUGACUGAAGGAGAGAAAGACAGAAUCCGGAAAGAUGAGAGAGCGAGAGUCUUACAUAAACGUUUCGAGGAAGGAAAGUCGCAGUCCUACUUCCUAUCGCAGCUGAUGAGUGUCGCCAAUCAGUGUGGAGUAAGCGACGGCGAUGUAUUGGGCUUGUUCCUUCAACAGCGAAAGGCUCGGGACACUUUGAUUGAACUAUUCGACGGCGUGGUCGAAGUAGACGCGUCCGGAACUCUAUCAUUGUGCCGGCCAAAACAGGUUGAGUCUGCAGCCGCCUCUAACGUGAACGGUCAUAUCAAUGAAGACGAUGUACCGUAUAUGCUUAACACGGAACAACGAUGGCAGGCUGCUCUGGCUAGAUUACGCUCCAGUUGAAAGGCGAGCACGCCCGAUAUAUCAGGCAGGCCCAAUCGACAGUGCCACUGUCUACAGACGGCGGUGGUAGAUUUGCCGUGUACACGAUGUCUAUUUGAGAUAGCUGAAUAUGGUCUUCGAUGCACGAGCAAUGGGAUGUCGAAUGAAGCUACAAUGUUGCGCUGCAUCUCGAAAUGUCACUUUCAGCAUGUAUGCAAUGUCAUACAUCGUCAAAGUGUUGAGAAUUGACAUCUUGAAGGCUUGAACACGGGAUCGAACACUGUGGAAGCUGUUUCAAAGGACUACAUGAUGACAUUGUUUAUAUGUAUGUCCCAUGCCGGGAUUGCAAGCUCAGAGAUAUCAGCAACUCCCCAGCAGGUUAACCACAACCGCUUCAGUCUUAGUCUCGACAUUUAUGAUAAAGAACUUUCAACUCAAGAUCUGGCCUCCAUCCGCCGCGAUGGUAUGUGAUGCCAUUCGUGCCGUGCCUACUGGAUAUUUGUAUUGGUCAGAGCCUCGACAUAUGUAGGACAAAUUGCAAGGAAGACUGCGACUUACCACAGGACCGAAAGUGUCCGGCUCUACUUGGCUGGUGGUGGCGGUUUCGGC